AUGAAAUUGGACACAUUUCGUCGUCUAAGAAUUCCUGCGCAGAAGGACUCUCCCUUCUGCUGGGAGGUGUUGGUUAAGCAAGAUUCAUACCCGCCGUAUUCGAUGGGCGGCGGCAAGGAUGCUGAAACUGCUUCUUUCAGCCCUGAACGUGCUGCAGCUGAGGCGGACGCGAGAGGACGAACCACCCGCACCGUGUUUGUGACUUCUGUGUCUCCUCUCCUUUCCGUUGCCAAACUCUGUAGAGUACUCGAGGACACGUUCGGAGAAAUCGAAGAUGUCCGCGAGAAGAUUGUCGUCCAGAAGAGCGAACAGGAGCACUGUUACCGGCGGAAGACACAGAGUCGGAGCAGGUUGUCCUGCGCCGGUUUGCAGCCGACCUGCUCCGCCGUUCGCCUGCUCCACUUUGUUUUUCGUUCCGCUCUCUCUGUAUCUGCUCUCCUCGCCGCCGCUGUGCCCCUAGGAAAGGAAGAUGCCCCGCUCUCUGUCGAUCUCGGGAAAAAGUCUCUCAAGCAAAGUAGAGACGACCUUCUGGCUAGCGAUGGGCAGACAGUGGAUGGGAGUCUCCUUCUCGGAACCCGCGGUGUCGCGGCGUGGCUUCAGGAGGCCGGCGCCCUUGGAAAGACACCCGACGAGAUGCAGAGGGAUGUCGAUGAGUUCAUGGCGAAUCACGACUUGAAAAAGGAAAUCGAGAGACAGCGGGUGAAGCAGCAACAACUCACAGAUGAGGAUGGCUUCACUCUUGUUGUCGGGUCUUCUGCGACAGCAUCGGACGGGACGACAUUCAAGUCGAUUCGUAGGCCAGACAUUUCUGGGCCUUCGUCCCUAGCGGCUGCUGGGAGCCGUGGUUUGAAUCCAAGAGACCAAAUGAAGAGCGGGACCGAAGAGCAAGGAGCAAUCAACCUCUGUGUCCAGCAGAAUGCAGCUGCGGCUGGUAUUGGCGGCUCGGAUGACACAGCAGGCCCUGGCGGACGCCGAAGAAAGAAGAAGAGAAAGGGCGGCAUCGAAGAGGACUUCUACCGGUUUCAGAGACGCGAAAAAAAGCGAAAAGAGUUUCUCGACGUUCAGCGGGCCUUGGCGGCAGACGAGAAAGCGGUGGAAGCGAUGGAGAAAGCAAACAAAUUCUCGCUGUAA